CUAGGGCACGCCAUAUUAUUGAACCUAUUUCAUUUCCCUUUUUGAAAAUAUUUAAAACGUGUAAAUGUUUACAACUGAUAUUGUGAAAUAUUAUAUAUAUACGCCUGUAAAUAUUACCUAACAGCUUCCACCUGUUGCUUUGCCGAAAAUAAACAAAAACUCAGCAUCAAGGAGACCUUUGCUUUGUGGACCCUAGUUUAACUGACUUGUUGAAUUUAAAAUGUCCACAAGACCUCGACGCGCUGCAGCUGCAAAAGCGGCGGUAGUUGUAGUCAGCGAUUCGGAUGAGGAAGUGAAUCUUUCGGAAAACGAUGAUUACAGACCGCCAGAGGCAAAGAACAGCAGGAUAGAUCGUGCAGCAGAUGCGCAGGCAGGCGGCACUAGGCGUCAGCGGUGGCCAACAUCCAGGAGUGCUGCUUCUGAGGCACCAGCUCCCAAAAGAAAGCGCGCCGGAAAAGAAAAAGAAAACGAAAAUGCUUGUCCCAAUGAGGUCAAUGCCGACCCGGAUGUGCAAAAUAAACCCUCAACUUCGACCAAACGAAAUGCUCGAACACAGAAGAGCUCGCAAGCUUCAGAUCCCAAGAAAAAGCGUGCCGCAAAGGAUAAAGAUGAUGAGUAUGCUUGUUCUAAUGAGUACAAUAACGAGGACGUGGUCCCCUUAUCAGCGAAGACUCAACCAGAGGGACCUGUAUCCAGCUCAACCACUGGGCGGAGCUCCUUCUGGGAGCGCCGCAAGGUGUGGAGCAUUCAUGAGCUUCUUGCCGAAACAGAGAACAUACAACCGCAGGCAGCACGCAAUAUUGUGCAGCUCUUCGAGAACGAAAACACCAUUCCAUUUAUAUGCAGAUACCGUAGAGAUCUAGUGGAUCAUAUAGCUCCAGAUCGUCUAAGAGAUAUACGAAACACGUACACCGAGAUCGUGGAUCUGCGAAAAAAGGCAGAGCACAUUGUUGGUCAGUUGGACCGUGAAAAUGUCCUAAAUAGAGAAAUUCGAGAGGAGCUGAUGUGCGCUAAAACUAACGAAGAACUUGAGUUCCUUUACGCGCCUUACAAGCCUGCUAGUAAGGGAACUUUGGCGGAACGGGCCAAAGCUUUGGGCCUGGAAGAACACGCCGACCGAUUGCUUUACGGCUCAGCCCCUAAAGUAAACCUCUCAGAAAUUGUAGACCCCAAAAACGAGGCCUUGGCUACGGAAGCACUUGUGAUGACUGGAAUCUGCAACAUUAUUAUUCACAACAUUAGCAAAAAUACAAAUGUUCUGGAAGAGAUUCGGAGAUUACAAAAUGUUCAUCGCGUAAUCCUGAAAUGCAGUAAGACCAAAGAAUCGUCGUCUUCUAAAUCUACUUCAAGUAAAGCAAGCAGUAGCAAAGGAUCCAGCGGGAUCGCAGACAAAAAAUUGGACAGUUCAAAGUUUGAAAAUUACUUCAACUUUCAAUGUGACGUUCAAACCAUAAAACCCUAUCAAAUGUUGGCCAUCAACCGUGCGGAGAAGAACAAGUUCCUUUCAGUCAAAUUAGAUACAAACGAUUACCUUAAACGAGAUCUAAUGCGGUUUAUAACAGAUCAGUACAUGAACGAAGGACUCCAGUAUCCUCUAAGGAGGGAGGUAUUCUCAAAAUCGCUUGAAGAAUGCUACUCAAAGAAAUUGCAGCCGUUAAUGUGCAGGCAAAUUCGAACCAGUUUGAAGGAAAAGGCCCAAAAGGCAGCUAUUGAUGUGUUCGCGAAGAACCUAAAGCAACUGCUACUGAUGUCACCUCUAAAAGGCGAGCGUAUUUUGGGUAUAGAUCCAGGUUACACAAAUGGCUGCAAAAUAGCGGUUAUAUCCGAGACGGCCGAUGUGCUGGACACGGGUGUUAUUUACCCUCAUGGUGUCAGGUCCAAUAAAAAAGCUGCCGAGGAAAAACUAAUUAAGUUGCUUUCUGAUCACAACUGCAAAAUUAUUGCCUUGGGAAAUGGGACUGCAUGCCGUUCAACAGAACACUGGCUUUCUGAUAUGUUCACUGCCGGCAUUCUAGACGCCAAAUGCAUUCGAUACAGCAUCGUUAAUGAGAACGGUGCUUCUGUCUACUCCUGCAGUGAUGUGGCUGUCAAGGAGUUUCCUAAAAUGGAUACGAACGAACGGAGUGCAGUAUCCAUAGCUCGUCGAUUAAAUGAUCCGCUUAGUGAGUAUGUGAAAAUAGAACCUCGUCAUUUGGGAGUUGGCAUGUACCAGCACGAUAUUUCGGAAAAGAUUCUAACAGAAUCGCUGAACGAUAUUGUUUCCGAAUGUGUCAGUUUUGUCGGCGUGGACCUCAAUACAGCCAGCUUAAGUGUGCUUAAGCACAUUGCUGGUCUAACGGAGAAGAAGGCCGAAAAGAUCAUCGAAUAUAGAACACAAAAUGGACCUUUUAAGUCCCGAAAGGAUCUGCUCUCAGUGCGAACCAUAGGCGAAAAAACCUUUGUACAAUGCGCCGGCUUUGUGCGCAUCGAACCACUGAGCGUGGGUGGACGACUUAAAAACCCCUUAGACUGUACUUGGGUGCAUCCGGAGAGCUAUGAGGUUGCAGAAAGUAUCGUAAGUGAAUGUGAACUAAAGCUGUCAGAUGUGGGCAAGGCAGGCUUUAUAGCAACCAUUAAGCAGUUUGCUGAAUCCGAGGCAAAACUCGAUCGCAUAGCCAAGCAGCACAAGCUACCAAUGGAGCGGUUGGAAUUUCUACUGGUUGCCCUGCAACGUGAAUUGCUUCAGGACUAUCGAGCUGAUUUGGACAAGCGGCCUCUCUUUAAACAAGGCCUAACGCGUCUGGAUGAUCUAAGCAUAGGAGAUGUAUUAACAGGUGCCGUAACCAAUGUUACGCAGUUUGGUGCCUUCGUAGACGUCGGAGUAGAUCGCGAUGGCCUUAUACACAAUAGUAACAUGAAAAACAGCCAGCUUAGCAUAGGAGAUCGCAUAGUGUCAUCUGUGGUAAAGGUUGACUUGCAGCGACGCCAGCUGGGACUACGUUUGGAAAAUAUGCUAAUGGAAACGGAUACAUCGUUCACAUUUAAAACGGAGGAUUAAAGAUAAAAUGCUGGCGGUUUAAUGCUUUCGGAAGUAUUUAAUGAUUCAUAUCGUAAUUGUUUGGUUGCUCACAUGAGCAUUCAUAUAUACUAUAUAUAGUUCAUAUAUAUAUGUGUAUAUGCAUAGUAUAACGGCUUUCCUAAGUUUACUCAAAGCUUAUCAUUUAGUAAUAAAUGUUCACAUAAAAAUCA